CUUUACAACACCAGGGAGAAAAUGCCUUUCAGAGAUGGGACUUUUCCCCCUGUAUUAGGAAUGGAGGAGGCUAUCUUAUACCAAGCAAACAGGAGGCUAGAAACUAGAAUUGGUAGUUUGUGCAUGCAAAGUGCCUGCUGUUUACUGUACUGUAGUCACUCCCUAUAAUUGAUUUGACACAUAUUGAUUUGAAAAUACAUGUCAUUCAAACUGUGUAAUGAAUAUAUUUCCCAUCCGGAUCCUUCUGUGUUUGACAAAGUUUCCAAUUACAGUAAAUCAAUGUUGACCUCUCCUUUUUUUCACAGUGUAUCCUAGUCUCCACAUAGCCUUUCACCUACCACUGAAAUGAUUAAUUCUUACACAGUGAUUUAGGGAAUAUAACAUGCAAAAACAUAGAAGAUACUAUAUUUUCUCUUUUUAGGAAUAUAUCAUUAAAAUAAUGAAAUAAAAAGCAAACUUUCCCCCAUAGCAACUGCAAAGAAAUUCAAUGAGAUAUCAUGAGAGUUAUGUGGAAGAAGGAUUGUUGUGAGCCUUCGAGUUGUUUCCAACUUAUGGCGAUUCUAAGAUUAACUUAUCACAAGGUUUUCUUGAUAAAGUUUGUUCAGAGAAAACUUGUUGUCGAAGGCUUUCAUGGCUGGAAUCACUGGGUUGCUGUGAGUUUUCCGGGCUGUCUGGCCAUGUUCCAGAAGCAUUCUCUCCUGACUUUUCACCCAUGUCUAUGGCAAGCAUCUUCAGAGGUAUGAGGUCUGUUGGAAACUAGACAAGUGGGGUUUAUAUACUUGUGGAAUGUCCAGGUUGGGAGAAAGAACUCUUGUCUGCUUGAGGCAAGUGUGCAUGUUACAAUUGAUCACCUUGAUUAGUAUUUCAUGGCCUUGCAGAUUCAAAGCCUGGCUGCUUCCUGCCUGAGAGAAUCCUUUGUUGGGAGGUGUUCAGAGAAAGUUUACCAUAGCAUCUGGAGUGUGCGAUUUGCCCAAGGUCACACAAUGUAUUUCUAUGGCCAAGUGGACAUUUGAAAUCUAGUCUUUAUAAUCCUGUUCUGACAACCAAACUUCCUAGUUUUUACAAAGGAUUACAGCUCUGGAAAGAAUGUUCCAGAUCGUGUCUUUUUAAUGCUUUAUUUAAAGAAGAAGAAGAAGAAGAAGAAGAAGAGAAGGAGAAGGAGAAGGAGAAGGAGAAGGAGAAGGAGAAGAAGAAGAAAGGUAAUCGUUAGUAUUAUAGAGUUACUGUGUAUAAUUGUUAACCUCUUCCAUUCCCUCCAGCAGAGAAUCUCAUCUGGGCUAAAUGGUGAAGAGGAAUGACACUACUGUGACAGAAUUUAUUUUAUUGGGUUUCACUGACCAGCCCAGGCUCCGGAUUCCUCUCUUCUUGUUGUUUCUUCUCAUCUACCUUGCCACUCUGGUGGAGAACCUUGGGAUGAUAUUUUUGAUCAGAAAUGAUUCUCGGCUUCACACUCCCAUGUACUUUUUCAUCAGCAACCUAUCUCUGCUGGAUGUUGCCUAUUCGACAGUCAUCGCUCCCAAAAUGCGGAUUGCUCUUGUAACAGACAGAAAAACAAUUCCUUUCAAUGAAUGUGCAGUACAAUUCUUCUGCUGCUGCUUUGCUGUGUCCACUGAAUGUUACCUCUUGGCUGCCAUGGCAUAUGAUCGUUUCACAGCCAUUUAGCCACUGCUGUAUGUGGUCAUCAUGUCCAGACGGCUCUGCAUUCUGCUGGUGGUUGGAUCAUAUGCCUGCGGCUUUCUCAAUUCACUCAUCCAGUCGUGUUUUAUAUUCUAUUUGUCCUUCUGCUCUUCCAAUGUCAUCAACCAUUUCUUCUGCGAUGUGCCUCCCCUCCUCAAACUGUCUUGCUCUGACACACAUACUACACAUGUUGUACAUUUCACACUUUCCACCAUUGUUGUGUCAAGCACCACCUUGACUAUUCUUAUUUCCUACAUAUUCAUUCUUGCAACCAUCUUCCGAAUCAAUUCAUCUUCAAGCCAGCACAAAACCUUCUCAACUUGUGCUUUCCAUUUGACUGCUGUGACCAUUUUCUAUGGAACUGGUGCAUUCAUGUACGUGAGACCCUAUUCCCAUUUUGCGAUGGCACAGGACAAAAUUAUCUCUGUGUUCUACACUCUGCUUAUUCCAAUGCUGAACCCUCUCAUCUACAGCCUGAGGAACAGGGAAGUGAAGGAUGCCUUGAAGAGGAUCUCACAAAAAACAUGUCCCACCUGAACACACACGUUUGCAAUGCACUUACAUGUUUUUCCCAAUCCUUCCUCUAUUGUUCUGUCAAGCACAUGAUUUUGAAGUGCCAAUCAAGCUUGUUCAGCACUGGAACUCUCUGCCCCGGAGAGUGGUGGAGGCUCCUUCUUUGGAGGCUUUUAAGCAGAAGCUGGAUGGCCAUCUGUCGGGGGUGCUUUGAAUGCGAUUUCCUGCUUCUCAGCAGGGGGUUGGACUGGAUGGACCAUGAGGUCACUUCCAACUCUAUGAUUCUAUAAUUCUAUGUUAUCAGUUUUCAGAUUCAACAGAGAAGGAAAGGGGGAGAAAAGGGAAGAGGGGAGAGUUAGGGAAGUCCAUCUAUAUGUAUUUCUCACAGCCCAUUGAUUUAUAUUGAUGAAAAAGUCUACCCAUGUCUAAACAUACACCUGUCUUCUUUGUGUUGCCAAGUUCAAAAGUAUCUCUAACAUGCAUCAAUAUCUGAACACAUUUUGUGUCCUGCUAAUCUGACUCAAGGGAACGAUUCACUCUCAACAACAAAUGUUAAGAGAUUACAAAUCCUACUGUGGAAAAAAAAAAUCAAUGUCACCAAAUGCCAUGUCCUUGUAGAUUGUUCCUUUUUUGUUGGAGUAUUUGCUUUCAAUUAAAUGGCUCUAACAGACUUGUUAAUGUUUUAAAAUGAAAUAAUCCUACCCGGGGUGAAAAUAUGUUAAAUAUUCCGGUUAAAGGCUUCAUGUAGUCGCUAAUUAAAUCUGUCUGAUAGCAUUUGUUGCAAAUCUGUGGAAGUUGAAAUUAUCAACACAUUCCUAGCAAUGGGCUGCAUUGUAUCCAGUGAUUUCAUUCUGCUAGAGCAGUGGUUCCCAACUUUUUUUUUUUUUAACCAGGGACCAUUUUGACCAGGGACCGCUCCCCAAUAUUAGUACCAAAAGGGUUACAAAUCAGUUUUUGGUCAACUUUAGAUUCCCUUUGGUUGUUUGGGGUGCUUAUUUGGAAAAUUGCAUUGGAUAGACCACAUCAGCUCUUGUUUCUGAUACAGAACAUAUGCCACCCAAUAGUCUCCAUCUGCUUGCCCACAGAAAACUGUAUUUAAUAAUCUAGAGCUGAUGUCAUCUAUCCAAUUCAAUUUUCUGAAUCAUCACCCCAAAUAACCCCAGGAACAGGCCUAAAAACAAAGAAACCAAUAAAAUGUUGUUUUUUUAAGUUGUUUUUUUUUAAGUUUUUAAAGUUUUUUAAGGUACUUUUAAGUUUUUUUAAGUACCACAUUUUAGUUCUGGAGGACCACUGGUGGUCCUCGGACCACAGGUUAGGAACCACUAUGCCAAAACAAGUGUGAAAACCCCUAUUUUUCUCCUUGCAAAGAGCUGCUUGUCUACCAAUGUUGUCAUUCUGUCACAGUUGUGUCCCCAUGGGGCCCAAGUCCUGCUUUUGUAGCUCCCCAAGCCCCAAGUAUUGUGCCAAAAAUCCCUUAGCAACAUAUCUUUAGGUGCUUAAUUUUCAGUUGAAUGUGAACUGAAAACCAAGCCAAAACCACUGCACAAAUUUAACAGUUUGAUCCAUUGUGCCUGGUCACAAAUGUGUGGCCUUCAGCAUGAAUUGAGGAUAAUAAUCGUCCCCUACACAGUUGCCCUACCACUACUACUUUCAUUUAACCACACAAAGACUUGCAAUUUUUCUCAACUCAGAAUUGGAGAUAACACUUCGUUUAUUUAGAAAUUAAAUCCAAGGAAUUUCCUUCGGAUUUAUGUACUGAUGCUAUGCACUAUAUUUAAGAUUUUGAACAUAUUCCCAUCAUACUAUGCCUGCUUCUCUAUACCUGAGAGUAAGCAUUAUUGAACUCUUUUGGACUUAUUUCUGACUUUAUAAGAAUAAAAUUGUGCUGUUGAGCAGUUAAGAAUCAAGACAUUGAAAUAAGUUUGGAUUAAUGAUUGAGACAAGGCAUGGGGAAUCUUGAACAAUCUCAUUGUCUUCAUCAUCUUUUUUAAAGUUAGCUAAACUGUCUGUGUGUGUCUUAUGUUUA